AUGAGCUCCUCUAUUGUUGAAAAUAUUUCUCAGGAUGCCGACUCAUCCGCUGCCAGUCCCCCUAGAGGAUGGAGCGCCACAAUUACAAAUCCUAAGAUUGUGGAAGAGAUGCUCAAAUAUUCCACUGGUUUGGACGCAACCCUUGAACUAUCCGAAGACAGGGGCUCGCGGAACACGAGUAUCGCUAGCAGGGGCAAAGCACUCGGAGCAUUGAAGCUUGAAGAACUGCCGGAUUAUGGAGGUGAUCUCGAAGGAUGA